UCUUCCGCGCAAAGGCACAAGGAGAGCUGAUCUUUCACGUGUCUCUCUCUCUCUCUCUUGCUCCCGUUUUCUCUUUCGUUUUCUCUGCACUUUCUGUUUGUUUCUCUCCCCAUCUGUCGGUUGCUUCCUCCUUUCUUCGACGCCGCUCGCUGCUUCCGUCCUCUCUCUCCGGCCCACACUCAUUUCGGUUUCGCAGAGGGAGGUUUCAGAGAGAGCGAGAUAGGGGGAGAGAGGGAAAAAAAUAAGAUAGAAAGAUAGAUAUAGAAUAUGGAUGGAAAGAAGCAAUUGGGUUCUCCUUCUUCUUCCUCCUCAUCCUUCACUUCUGAUCUUUUCGGUUCAAAGGACUCCUCCGCUUCUUCGUCUUCCGGAAUUUUCGGCUCCAUUUUUCCGCCUCCUUCCAGGGUAUUGGGGAGAGAAUCUCUGCGCCCCGAAGCGACUGAGAAGCAGCAAAACUCUGCAAGUCAGGUUUGGAGCACCAAACCGGAAUCUCAAGAUGCUAUAGCCCGGAGCAAAGAAGGUGAAAAUCAGAGUGGACCGAGUAGGGACACAGGUCCGUGUUAUCAGGAGCAAAGGGUACAACAACCUUGUCAUCUCAGCUCCUCGUUAUAUUAUGGCGGCCAAGACAUCUACUCUCACCCUCAGAAUCCUCAAGGUUCUGGGUACUCGACAACGCAGCUAAACAAGGAUGGGGGUGAAGAUGAUUCAGACAGCGCUUCAAGAGGAAAUUGGUGGCAAGGGUCUCUAUAUUACUAAGAGUUCAGCGACGAUGGCAUGUGAAUUUCCGAUAUACUCAGGAAGUGAUAUACAUAGCAGUCAGUUUAUUAUGUGGAAGAUGGAUGCAUGCUAGUAGCUUGAUGCAGGAAGCUGAUGCUUGCUGCAGUCAAAUAUCAGAACUAUAGAGUUAGUAGUUACAUGUAAUUUUGCCUUAUAUUUUCCUUUUCUCCUUCCAACCCUACUGUAAUUUUCUACUGUAAAUAAAGUCUGCUUUGGUGCUUCAUUAUACCCUCAA